UGUAUUCUGACUGUAUCUGCGGCACAUUUGUUUCAUUUACACCGUAUUUAUUUCAUACUCAGUUGUCAUUUGAACCCAGGAGUCGCCCGCGCUCUCUGUCUUUGGACUCGGUCGUUCUCCUACGGUACACGUCCAGCGGCCAACGACACCGACGCUUCCGGUUUGAUAGGUCGGUGCUGCACCGCUUCUCCUCGGCCCUCUGACAGCUGUUUCCACCGCAGGUAAUCAGACCGACAGCACCGGCAGCUUAAUGUUUGGCCUUUAAACAUCCAUCUAAUCUGCGGGGUGAACUACGUAGUUACCGGUGGCAGCAGCAGCAGCAGCAUCUGGCGACAGGUCCUGCUCCGCCCCCGUUCUGUCGGCCCGGGUGAUUGAUUGGAUGCAGUGAGACUGGCAUCCGUGCAGCGGUACACGCCCAAAGAGCAGUAAGAGCAGUUGAUCGGUCAAGGAUGACCACGGACGACAAGAAGAAAGAGGCGGACGCCACGUCCAUCGUCUCCAUGGCUCUCUACUCUGUGAUGUAUCCAGUGUUUAAGCAGUUGGAGCAGGUCGACUCUUCAGUAGCCCAGAAUUUGAAGUCAGCCUUCGUCCGGGCGGAGCAGGAGAACCCAGGUCUGACCCAGGACAUUGUGAUGAAAAUACUGGAGAAGAAGAGGUUAAAGGUCAACUAUAUUGAAUCUCUACUUCGAAUGGCUGCAGAUGAUGUGGGAGAGUUCAUGAUUGCCAGGAAAGAUCCAGAAUUUCAGGAGCUAAAUGAGAGAGCCCGCACUCUCAAACACUUCCUCAGCACCAUACCAGAUGAGAUCAGUGACAGAGUGGGCUUCUUACAGACCAUCAAAGACAUCGCCAGUGCCAUAAAGGAGCUGUUGGACACAGUUAACGCCGUCUUCAAGACUCACCAGUAUCACAACAGACGGGCCCUGGAGCAGCAGAAGAAGGAGUUUGUCAAAUGUUCCAAGAGCUUCAGCGACACGCUCAAGACCUACUUCAAGGACGGAAAAAUGAUAAAAGUCUUUGUCAGCGCCAACCAGCUGGCCCACCAGACCAACAUGAUCCUGCAGGCCUUCAAGAGCGUGGAGUAGCAGCCUGAGAGCGCGCACACACACACACACACACACACACCAACUGACAUUGUUAUUCAAGAGGAGGUGAACGUUUCUGCUUUAAUUUGCAGCGCCGCAGCUCUCAGGUGAGAUCAGGUCGGUUCUGAUUCAGGAUCAACAACACUGACAGUAAUUGCCAUAGAUUUUUAUUUUCCUCCUCCUUUUCUGUUCAGUCCAGAAGUCAAUGUUUUUUAAUCAUUCUUUUUUGAUUCAUUUCAAUAUUUAUCUUUUCUCCAGGGUCUUUAUAUGUUUUGCCAAGUUUUUCAAAACUUCUUAAACUUGUUUAGGUUUUUAGAUUAACUCUAUUAACACAUUAACUCACUGACUUACUGCACCUAAACCAUGAAGGAGGUUAAAAAACUGCAGUAGUGUGUACAGGUUGUAGUACUGAUGUGUACAUUUGCUUUGUUCCCAUUUGCUUCCCUCUUGUUUUGAAAAAACAAAUAUCUGGGUCGCAGACCAAACGUAGACCACGAUGCUGUCUGGGUCAGUUGUCUUUGUCCACACGGUGGCGACCUUGCCAGUAAAAGCUUUGAGGGACAAGGUUAAAAAUCAUAUUUGGGUUUAAAAUAAUGAAUAAAAUGUCUUUGGAGUUUAGAGGGUGUUGACAACAAACUGCUGCUGCUGCUGGUUGUUGUUGUUGUUGUUGUUGUUGUUGUUGUUUUAGGACUUUUUAUUUAAGUAGUUGAAGAGAAUGACGCUGGCCUCAAAUCCACCAUCUAUAAUUAAACUGUUUGGUUUCUUGGUGAAUCAAUGUGAUCGAACUUUUCACUCUAGACAAUGUUGUAAAUAAACAGGUUGGUCAAAAUGGAAUUUUAACAGUUAAAAUUCAGUAACUUUAAUGUGAGGCUCCAGUUUGUCUCAGUCAGAAAUGUGACCAAAUCUGAGGAUUCAGCAGACACUCCAACUGUCCACAGGAGGCGCUGUUGUGUUAGACCUCAGAUUUAUUAGCACGGCAGGUGAAGGAGGACGAAGGAGAAUAUUUCAUGUGUAGAACAUCUAGAUCCAGACCAACAGACAAAGACAAUACAAAGUCACCUUUCAUUUUAGAACUGAUUUGAAUUUUAAUAAACUCACGGAGGAAUUUGUGGCGAAGUUUGAAACCGAAUUUAAAUGGAAUCUUCUCAGCAUUUACAUGAAUGUAUUUAAAUAGAAAUAUCAUUUUGUCUCUUGUCUCGUUCACACCAAUACGACUCCUAAUAAAAUGGCCCCCCAGGACUGGUCCAG